AUGUCUUCACAAGUCUCAGACAAUAACACCAAACAACACAAGCACCAUCGACCACGCGAAUUUGAAUCCGAACACCACCCUCGACAGCAUCACCAUCAUCAUCAUCAUCAUCAUCAUCAUCACCAUCAUCAUCGCCAUAGUCAAACCCAGAAAAAUACGACAAGUACCGCUGAGAUAAGCCAAUCAGAUAAUAAAGAAAACAGCAGUGACGAUUAUGAAGAAGAUAUUCUUUUGGACAACCUUCCUAGAGACGAUGUCCCGAGCAUCCUUUCUCUAUCCAUCUCAAGAAGCCAGUCAACUUAUCAAAAUGCUGCUUUAUCCGGGGUUCAUCCGCCCUUGCCAUCAUCUUCUGUUAAUUUAGAACAGAAUCUGGAUAGUCCUAUCAUCGAUUCCCCACAACCCCCGAGGAAGACAUUCUUUGCUUCCCAAGGUAAAGCUGGAGGUCUUGGAGUGUUAGCCCAAACGAAGCUGUUUCGUCCAAGAGCUUCAUCUCUCGGAAACGCCGACCAUGCAUCCAAAGAACAUGGAGACCACGAAAAGUGGGUAUCUAAGCUUCCAACUUUCAGCUUGCCAUCGUUGCAGCUACCUCAGCUACCAUCAUUUGGAUCCAACAGCAAAGACGGAAUGGAUAAAGAAAAGGGCAUUACCCGGUCCAAACGAGCAGGUUCGUUGUUGAUCGACUCUCUGGCAAAAGCUGCCGCUGGAGUAUCAAAUCAUUUUACAACAAAUGGCUCUUUGCAGGCUUCCAAUUCUACCUGUAAUGCACUUGCAUCUCGGAAACCACAAUCCAACCUACACAUUUUCAGUUCAUCCCCAGAGGCUCCCCAGAAUUCUUCUGUGAAUUCAAGUACUGGUACGGUUCCAGGCUCAAAUUUUGAUCCAGCAUCGGCCCGCCUAAGUGGUCUACGGCGAAGUAACUCGGAUUCUAGUUCUAUCAGGAGAGCUCUCUCCCGUACAUCUUCCAUUGGGUCUGAUACGCGGUUUCUUGAUGUACGAGAGCAAAAGAAUGCAAGAUACAAAGCCAUAAAAGAUUCUCUACUGCCUGAUAUCAAGGAUAGCUUCACGUUUAAUGCUCCUGCUAUAGUAAAGAAAGCUACAUCAGGGAGCCUGGUGGCGGUUGCCGCUGCGCCCACCCACCCUCUAGACAAGCUUUCUGGCGAUGUUGUGAUCAUGGGUGGAUACAGAGGAUCAAUAUUGAAGAAAGUUAAAACCUCGCUGAUGGGCGAAAGGCGGAUUGGAAAAACCCUUUGGAUCCCGGUGAAAGUCGGGUUUAAUUUACAAAGUGUCGACCUCGAAGUCCCCCUCGACCCUGAGGCAGAACUUCUGAUGGAGGAAAAAGUCGUCGCCACUGAUAUGCUUUCUCAUCUCGCGGGUGUUGAUAUCAGUCGUAGGCUAAUGAAAAAACUACGCUCGAACCCGAAUGUACGGCUUCAUGUUUUCGCAUACGACUGGAGGUUGAGCCCCCAUCUAAACUCGGAAAAGCUAGUGCUCUUCAUGGCAAAUUUACCCUGCAAUCGGAUGGCAUCCAAAUCGGAACAUCCUAGUAGUAUUGGUGAUCUAUGGCAUGAGGAUGGGCCAUUCGUCAUUGCUCACAGCUUAGGCGGGCUAAUAACUAGGCACGCGAUAAAUCGACGGCCUGAUUUGUUCAAAUGCGGAGGUGUCUUAUACGCAGGUGUCCCCCAGCGAUGUGUCAAUGUCCUAGGCCCCCUGCGCAAUGGCGACUCUGUUGCUUUCAAUAAGGACGUGCUCAAUGCUCAAGCAAAUUUCUCGUUUCGCUCAACGUUCGUCUUUUUGCCAGAAGAUGGACAGGUUUUUAUGGACCGCAAAACUGGUGGUUUGAUCGACUUUGACUUAUAUGACCCGGUUAUGUGGCAGCAAUACAACCUCAGUCCUUGUGUGUCUUUAACGAAUAAACCCACGUCGGUUGGGAUUUUAAGUACGGCAUCAGGUGCGAUGGCAACAGUUUUCCGCGAGGGAAAGGAUGUCCGGGAAAAAUUAAGUCGAUGGGCACCGUCUUCUCCAGGGUUGCUCUUAGACGGAACCUCCCGGAAAAAAACGGCAAGGGACGAUGGGACAGCGUCGUCGCAAAAUAAUCUCAUUGUAGCUCCCUCUGACGGUCUCAUUUCGGAGCCACACGGGAAUGCGAACGAGGUUCAAGAAAUCGCAGCGACAGGCGCUGGUGCCGCAGCGCCUAGUAUGUCCACACCCGCCGCAUCGAACCCGCAAAACAGCUGCACUCUCCCACUAUCCGUUACCAUUCCUUACCUGGAUAGGACUUUAAGAGAGACCAAGAAGUUUAGGUCUGAGCUCGCAUUUCAGCCUGCACUAGCAGAACAAUACCCUCCAUGUGCAGUCCUGUACUCCAAAACGACACCAACUGUCAAGGCUGCUAGGGUUAAUGGGUUGGAAGGCAUAAAAAAUAGCGACUAUAGUGACUUAGUCUUCGGAGCCGGAGACGGGGUUGUUCUCUCGCGAGAGGCUAUGCUUCCUGAUGGAUAUACUUGUGAAAAGCGAGUCCACUGUGACAGGGGACAUAUUUCACUCUUGGGAGAUCUCGAUGCGGUCGGACAGUGCAUCGAGGCUUUGUUGGAAGCACGGGAGAGGAAUAAGAGGAGGCUGCUGCGGACAUUGGGUCGGAGCACACCUUCGAGUGCGUGA